AUGUUUGAAUACAAAGCAUAUCUGUCAAGACAAGUGGAAGAAAAGCAUAAACCAUCAGAUCAUAGGCCUAUUGAGGGCAAGAGAGAUGCAAAAUCUCAACCAGAAGAGCAAAAUAAAUGCACAUUGAAGAAACCAGGAAUACCAAAACCAUAUAAUGAAGUUGCAGCAAAAGACAUUGAUCAUCUAAGUACUAAUUGGGAUACAGAAAAACACGAUGGUCACAAACGUGCAGCGAGUGAGACUUCAGUAAUGGCUACACUGAAUUUGUUACAAGGGAAGAACAAUGUGGGAAUUAGUAUGAGCAAUGAAAGGGCAGAAACACUAGAGUCAUUACUUGAACUUUGUGCAGAGUUACUUAAGCAUGAAAAGAUAGAGGAAUUAGCUGGUGUGCUAAAACCAUUUGGAGAAGAAGCUGUUUCUUCUAGAGAAACUGCAAUUUGGUUGACAAAAGGAUUAAUGAAUCUUCAAAACCAAGGUGAGGAAACUCAGAGUGCAUGGGUUCCUUGA